GUAUUCCAUCCAUCCUCUUGCCUUCAUCCCUUUUCCUCCAACUAGUCCUCGCCCAGCCCCCACAUUCUUCCUGUUUUCUUCACACUUGUCCAGCCAAUAUUCACACUACAUUUCGUACACUUCAAGUCACAUGUUGACACCCAGACAUAAUUUCCAGUCACCCUACCUUUUUAUUUAUUUAUUUGUAAUCUCCCAGUUGCCUGAGGUUGCAUUCUUUUUGCAGUCAUCUGCCUUGCUUUUUCCCGUCAUAAAGUUUACUGAUUCCUCUCACAAAUCCCUAAAAACAACACCACUGCAAGCAAAUAUAAUAACCCUCCCUCAUGUGCCGCUAUUCCACACAACCCCUCCCUUUACACAAGCAAGACACUCAACGGCAUCUUUCCCUCGUAAUCAUCCACCCCCCAGUCCUCCCUCUUCAUAUUUGUCUUGGGUAAUAUCACUUCCCAACGUCUUCCUCUCCUGUCAGUCCUCUCCGCCUCGCAUCCAGAGCGACGCCCUGAUGGAGGUCAGCCUGGUCUCUGUCUGCCGUGAGAGCCAGCAAAGGGAGGAAAUCAAGAUACCGGCCAAAAGAAGACCCCAGAGAAGAAGGAUGGGAGGCGCAUGUCGUUCCAGAGACCCAAAGGGACCAUUGAAUAUUCUGUGGAAUCGCGGGACACAUUGAACAGCAUUGCACUCAAGUUUGACACCACACCCAACGAGCUGGUUCAGCUGAACAAGUUGUUCUCCAGGGCAGUUGUGCCUGGCCAGGUUUUGUAUGUUCCUGAUCCUGAGUACGUCUCCAGUGUUGGAAGCUCUCCUUCCCUCAGUCCCAUCAGCCCCCUCUCUCCCACCUCUUCAGAAGCUGAUUUAGACAAGGUGACGGACUCAGAUGGCCCCUCCAGACCAGAGGCUGCUCUCCCUCCAGUGUUUUCUGCCCUCCGCCAGUCGAGAGUGGUGUCAUCCACCUCCGAGGAGGAAGAGGCCCUGACAGAGAAGUUUCUUAAGAUCAACUGCAAAUACAUAACUGAUGGCAAGGGUGCAGUAAGCGGGGUGUUGCUGGUGACACCCAACAACAUCAUGUUUGAUCCACACCGGAUAGACCCACUGGUUCAGGCCCAUGGGUGUGAGGAGUAUGGCAUCAUGUGUCCUCUGGAAGAAGUGCAGUCUGCUGCCAUCUUUAAAGAGAUCACUGACCCCAAGAUCAGAGAGACUGUGCCCGAUGACCUGGAGCCUCUUCCUCCUGAGAGGCAUCCCUCACAGCAGAAGGACCCAGAGCAGCGCCUAAGGGAGCCAGGGGCCAAUGACAGUGGCAGCACUGCCCCACGCAGCACGGAGGGCUCAAUCUCAGAAGAUGUCUUCACAGAGACAGAGCUGUCCCCCAUACGGGAGGAAGAGCAAGCAUCCAGCGAGGAUGUUGGUCUGGACAAGUCUUCUGGCGCGUCUACAGAAUCUGUGAAAACCGUGACUCAGGAGGAGCGCACUGGCUCCCAGGUGCCAGGCAGUGCCCGCAGCUCAGUCAGCCAUCCUGAGGACCCACUAGCAGUAAAGGCCUCGGCCUCCUCCACAGGAGAGGAUAACCCUCUUGACACUGCCACUGAAAAGAAUAGCCAGUCCCCAUUGGGAUCCAAGCAGCACAGUGAAGAGAAGCCACCAAGCACACCCACUACCAGCACCCCCACUAGCCAGGCCCACUGCCCCAGCAGCAGCACCUCUCGUCCAGGGUCCCAAAGCUCAGCCGCCCCACUUUCCACAGAUACUCUUUCUGCCACAGCCAGUCCACUGGGGAAUGCCAACGAGGGGACGGAAGUUUCCAAAACAGACUCUAUGCAACAAGAGAUGGUGGAGAAGGAUGAUGUAGAAUGGGAACAAAAGGGCAACAACUCACAGGAGAGGCGGAAGAGCCGCUCACACAAGUUCCUUUGUCUGCGGGUGGGGAAGCCCAUGAAGAAGACAUUUGUUUCCAAUGCCAGCGCCUCUAUGCAGCAGUAUGCCCAGCAGGGCAAGAAGCACGAGUACUGGUUUGCUGUGCCGCAGGAGAGGUCAGACCACCUUUAUGUCUUCUUCAUGCAGUGGAGCCCGGAUAUGUAUGGCGAAGGGGUCAGAGGAAUGGGACAAGAGCCUGGCUUUAUGGUUGUCAAAAAGCACGAGGUGUCUGAGAGUGCUGAGGACGAGGCCAUCACUGACCUCAAUGUCAAAGAGUGGGAGGUAGUGUCUAUGACGGAGUACCACCGUCGGAUCGAUGCUCUAAACAGCGAAGAUCUGCGCUCACUCUGCAAACGACUCCAGAUCACCACCAAGGAGGAGGUAAACUCCAAGCAUGACACGUCCAUUAAGACUGAGCUGGAGCCAGAAACAUUCAAACCAAACCUCAGAGAGCCAAGUGAUCUCUUGGAGGCUGAGCAAAUAGAGAAGCUUGCCAGGAAUCUGCCACCACGAACCAUCGGGUACCCAUGGACGCUUGCUUUUGGCACAUCCAAACAUGGCAUGAGCAUCAAGACGCUGUACAGAGCCAUGCAGGGACAGGACACCCCAGUGCUCAUGGUCAUUAAGGACAGCGAUGGGCAGGUUUUUGGUGCUCUUGCGUCAGAACCCUUUAAAGUCAGCGAUGGCUUUUAUGGCACAGGAGAGACCUUCCUCUUCACUUUCAAUCCAGAGUUUGAGGUGUACAAAUGGACGGGAGACAACAUGUUCUUUAUCAAGGGAGACAUGGACUCCUUAGCUUUCGGGGGAGGCAGUGGCGAGUUCGGCCUGUGGCUGGAUGGAGACCUUUACCACGGCAGAAGUCACUCAUGUAAAACAUUCGGGAAUCCCAUGCUGUCGAAAAAGGAGGAUUUCUAUGUGCAGGACAUAGAGAUCUGGGCUUUUGAAUAACAACACAGCACACCACGGGGCAAAAUGGACAAGUCCUGAGUAAGGGCAAAGCAAGGCGCUCCUUAGAACAAUGGCAACGUCCCAACCCUAACUGCACACGACCGGGCCUCCCCAAGCCGGAAGCCAGCUAUCGGAUGCUUGUUGUGCGUUACUACUGCAGUUAUUCCGGAGCUUUUUAUUCUUUGUGGAAACAAUACCUUUAUGUAUAUCUUGUUACAGCCUUGUGCAGCACCUUGCAGCAUAGGGAAGAGUGUGUCAUGCAGAGAAGAACGCCUAAAGGGAGGUAAAAGUCGUUGUGAGGCCUUGAAAAGGGGACUUUGUGUGCGUGCGUGCGUGCGUGCGUGUGUGCGUGACAGAAAGCUGCCCUACCAGUCUAGCUCAUUUGUGUGAACUUGAAGCUCAAGGAGUCCCCAGCAGCCCCCUCACUGUUGUCCAUUCAGUAGUAUGCUACUCAUUGUGGAGUCAGGGUCUUUAGUGAGGAAGAUGAACACAUUCCUAUACGCGUGGUGGUGUGGGCGUGUCCAAAUCAAGUGAUCGGCGGUCGUAGGCCAGAUUCAAUGGCACCGCUGAAGCUCAAGAUGAGAGAACGCUUGCUGAGGUUUGUAUUUUGUUAACAUUUUGUUUGUCCCCCACCACCCCAGUCCAGUCCAGAGGCUAAACUAAUCAGAGUAUUGUGUGUUGUAGUCCUCUUGUCGUUCACUGUCCUAGCACACCAUCUGAAAGCACAUAGCUAUAACCACAUCGCCCAUUGUCGUAAUGUUCUGUUCAGUGGGUGUACGUGUGAGUCCAGCUAACACCGGCUCCUCUCGCAGAUGCUGGCUGUACUGUUAGUAGACAGUAACGUGUUGCAAUAGAUUUUGUGGAAUAUGCAAAUAACUGUCCUGUGACCUCAAAUACCCCGCAGGGCCCCGGCGGCGUUUUGGCCGCCACUUUGCGGCUUGCUCAAGAGAGGAACAUGUAAAGCUUUUACGUCUUGAUACACAGUUGCUUUUCUGGGUAUCGUUUGAAAAGCCUGAGACGUGGUGAACCGUUUCACAUGCAUAUAUGACAAUUAUAUAUCAGUAUAUAUGAUUAUAUAUGGGUGUAUAUAAUCAUAUAUAUUUUGCUGUUAAGUGUGACAGUGAUCUAUUUGUGCUGAUAUUUCAGCGAUUACAAUAUAAUGUAUAUUUACCCUGUAAAUGAUGCUAUAUAAAUACAUAUUAUGAAGUGUGGAUUGGUGGGUUUGCUUCUAGCACUUUAAUCUGGUGUAAAAGCGUCAGGGCCAGGUUCUUAGAUUCUCUUAGCAGUAGCUGUACAGUACUUUUUGGUUUAGAUCGAUAAGAUGUUAACUGUUAUUAGGAAGCUUGCUGCUACCAAUAUCAAUAAGGUUAUGCCAUAACGCUCUUGUGUGUCUAAAAACAAGGAUCACUCUGAGGUGGGAAGGGGGUGGAAUGUGGUUCAGAGCGAACACGGGGGUUCGGUUUGUGUGCCAGGUGAGUCUCACACAGGUAGGUAUGCUGGCAAACUGACCUAGGACGGUGCGUAACCCUCAACCAAGGACACUUCUCUCCCCCCUUUCUGGUCUUCCAUGCCAGUAUUUGUGUCCUUGUGGGGAGUCACAAAGAUGAAUAUGGAUAGUCCUUCCAAUUAUUUCACCAGAAUACCAUGUAUCAGUGAUGUAUAAAUAAUAAAGAUCAAUUAAUGGUUGUAACUAGGAA